AUGUCAGUGCCAACGGUUCCAAUUAGCGCCGUGGAACGCCGUUCCGGAAGGUUCUUUACUGCAUCUAAUAGGGAGGGCCAGUUCGACGCUCCUUUCAGUAGAAAUGGAGGUCCAUUUGCCCAAAGGCAGUGCUCCAGCAAUCUUUGGGGGUACAUCCGCGCGAUACCACAUCCGCCGGAUUCAAGUAAUAAGGCCUCAAAGCUGAGGUCCGAGGGAAAAGUUGAAAGGCCCGCACCCAUUGGUCCUUUUUGGGCUCUUACUUCCACCCGAGGCAGAGCCUAUCUUCCAGCUCCCACCGUUAAUCGUGGCUCCGAACCCACCAGUCUCGAUACCAGUCCCAGUCGCAUCCCUACCAUCCGCAGACCCAGUUCCAUCCCGACCAGCCGCGUACCGAUCCGCAGGCUUGCGGGUGUCCCGACGAGAAACACUUCCCCAGUUCGGGCCACUCCCUUGGAGGAAGUAACCAGUGCCAGUGCGUGUUCCUUGCCCUUGCUUCUAUCCUCCGAGAAUACAGUGGCCGAUCAUGAACUAAUCCAGCCGCCCUCGAGAAAGGAAAAAUCGCAUCAUCGGGUAAUCGAGUUGAACAAGGUGCGACUUUUGAAGUUGCAGCACAAGAAGCUGGAGAACUUGCAGACGGAGCUCAUGCACAAAAUCCGUACCUUGGCACCCCAAAGGCUUCAAGGAGUCUACAAGUUUGUGGCCGUGGUGGUGAACGAGAAGUGCAAAGUCGAGAGUAACCUCAAAAAGAACACCAUUGUCGAGGAGAUCGAUCAGUUGUGUGGUCCAGCCUCGAAAGGUGGGAUUUUUAACGAAAGUCUGUAUCGCGAGAUAGCUCGCUUGCGGUUGGAGAAGAAGCACAUUGAGUCUAAGUUCUUUAACAUCAAGAAGGAGCACUGCGACCAGAUGAACCAAUUGAGUUCGGAGUACGAGGCCAACCUGGCUGACGAGCUGGCCGCAUGCGAUCACACCAUCAGUGAGCUGAAGAAGAGCCUGCGGCGCAGCGAGGAUGUAGUCGAGGAGCUGUCCCAGCUAGUGGCCGAGAAGAGUGCCACGCUGGCCAAUGAGGAUGGAAUCAUUGGAGAAUUGCGAACCGAACUGGGCAAGCUUAGCAAGUUGCGAAUGCAUCACCGCCUGGAGGAGGCGCAUGUUGGACCGGACAAAGCCCGACACUCCAUUGAUAAGCAGUUGGCACAGAUCGCCUUCUUGGUGGGCGAACUGAAGGAGGCACGCAAGCUCAUUGUCAAUCUGCAGCAGCGUCAGGAUGUCAUGGACAAGGGUGUCAUGGAGAAGGAUCUGGUUAUUGCCGAACUAAACGAAAAAUAUAGAAAUACUAUGAUGCAGAUAAGUAAACUAAAAGAAGCAUUAAAUAUCAAAUCCAUCGAAUCGGAGACCCAAUCUCAAGUCGAGGGUCGGUUAAACAAAGAGAUAACCAAAUUGCGGGAGAAGAUCGAUCUCGAUCAGCAGAAGCUCACCGCUCGGAACCACUUGAAAAACAGCCUGCAGAAGACCGAGCAGGAGAACCGAGCCAAACUGGACAAAAUGUACUGUCAAGUGAACAACGAGCUGGCCUCGAAGGAGGAGGAGUCGCUAAACGCCUGA